CGAAAGUCAUUGUUGUUAUUUCAGGGUCGGUUUUGUUGAUGCCUGCUGUCAAUGUUUUACUUGAUAACAGUUUGUGUUUUGAGGAUAGUAGCGAAAUCGACUUUGGAGCGAAAGCUACUUUACCUUUGAAAAUGAAACUGUGGAAGGUAGAUGUAGUAAUCAAAAUAAAAACAACAAAACAGCCAGUAUUUGCACUUGGAGCCAACCCUUUAGUCGAUAUCGGAUCAGACCUCACAGUCCAGAAAGAAUGUGAUGGAAAGAUGUUUCAAGUCACCAGCACAAAUUACUACUACUUCAUGGAAGUAAUAUUGGGACCGGAAUACACGAACUCGUCGCUUGCAGUAAGGCACGCAACAGACAUUGUGUUGGCUUUUGAAAACGUUACAGACACAGAUGAGGAAAAUACAAAUGACCAGAUAAUGAUCGAGAUGGAAUUUCAUUUCAAUUCUUCUGUUAUCAAUCCAAACACAGCAGAGAACUUCUCGAAGGUUGAAAUGCAGUAUACAACUGAUGCAGGGAGGGUUCUGGUAUUUGGUCGGAUUAAGUACUUUGCAAAGUGUAGCUAUCUCGGCGACUCUGUGGGCCCCGACACUGCAACGCCAGCUGUAUCAAUACCAACAAAUGCUCUAAGUACCAAUGGUUUCCAACAUCCGAAUACGUCAAACCAUGUGCAGUCUAGAUACAAAUCCACCCCCACCUCUUUGAGCCCGGAGAUUGCAACGUCAGCUGAAUCAACGUCAGAAAAAGAUCCAAGAACUUUCAAUACGGCUAGAUACACUACCCAGUGUGACACUUUGUCUACUUCAUUUAUAGUGCUGACGCUAAACUCCCUAGUACUCAAUGCGGUCAAAAUUUAUAUGUAUGACAAGACUGCUAUAUGA